UAUAUUAAAUUGGGAUUAUUUUAAUACAAAAAAUUAAGGAUUAAAAAAUUCUAUUGGAUUACCAGUUGAAAAAGGGAUUUAAAAUCUUAAAGUUGACUGGCUUUUUUGUAUAGAAGAAAUUUUUUAAUAUAAAAUAAAGAAAUGGGGAGGAUAAGGGCGGCCACACUUAUUUGGCUGUCCGCAAUUUUAUCUGGGGUUUUAUCAGAGGAUUUAUUUUCAUGUCCCAAUGGUUGGGAACUCCGUGGUUUAUAUUGCUAUAAAUAUUUUAAUAUAAAACAUUCAUGGGAGAAAGCAGCUGAACUUUGUAGACGAUAUGGCGCCGAUUUAGUAGCAAUAGAUUCAUUUAAUGAAAAUAAUAUAACAUUGUCGAUAGCAAGAGCAAGUGAUCCAAAUCAACGUUUAUCUGAUAAAUAUUGGUUGGGUUUAGCAUCAUUAGAUGAUCUCAGAACAAAUACAUUAGAAUCAGCAGCUGGUACUCUAGUCUCACAAUAUUCUGGAUUUUGGUCACUUGAACAACCGGAUCCAAUGUCUGGUGAAUGUGUUGCUGUUACAGUAGGACCUAAAAAACAAUUAUGGGAAUUAGAUACAUGUGAAAGUUUAUUACCAUUUAUGUGCCGUUCAAUGGCCUGUCCAGUUAAUUCAUUUCAUUGUUCGAAUAGCUUAUGUAUAAAUCAACAAUUUAAAUGUGAUGGUAAUGAUGAUUGCGGUGAUGGUUCAGAUGAAAUUGAUUGUCCAACACAAUGCCAUUUUCAUAUGCAAUCUGGUGGUGAUGUUAUAGAAUCACCAAAUUAUCCACAUAAAUAUGGUGCUUUAAGUAAAUGUAAAUGGACAUUAGAAGGUCCACAGGGCAGUAAUAUUGUAUUACAAUUUCAAGAUUUUGAUACAGAAAAAACUUUUGAUACAGUACAGAUUUUAGUUGGUGGAAGAACUGAAGAUAAAUCUGUAUCGCUUGCAACAUUAUCUGGAAAAUUAGAUUUGGCUAAUAAUCCAUAUGUAACUGCUUCUAAUUUUAUGAUUGUAAAAUUCACAACUGAUGGUAGUGUUGAAAGAAAAGGUUUUAGAGCAACAUGGAAAACUGAACCUAAAAGUUGUGGUGGUAUAUUAAAAGCAACACCACAGGGUCAAGUUUUAACAAGUCCCGGAUAUCCAAAACAAUAUCCAGGUGGAUUGGAAUGCUUAUAUAUUAUUAAAGCUCAAACAGGACGUAUUAUUUCAAUUGAAAUACAAGACUUAGAUAUAACUCCAGGACGCGAUUAUAUGCUCGUUAGAGAUGGUGAUAGUCCAAUGAGUCGGCCAAUAGCAAGAUUAUCUGGAUCAGCUAAAGAUAACGACAGAGUUGUAAUAUCAACUGGAAAUAAAUUAUAUUUGUAUUUCAAAUCCAGUAUGGGUGAUUCUGGUAAAGGUUUUAGCUUAAGAUAUACACAAGGAUGUAAAGCCACAAUUACUUCACGAAAUGGAACUGUUUCAUCUCCAGCUUUCGGUUUAGAAGAUUAUCCAACAAAUCAGGAAUGCUAUUUUGUCAUAAGAAAUCCACAAGGUGCACCACUCUCAUUAAAAUUCGACAAAUUCAGCGUUCAUAAAUCUGAUCUCGUACAAGUUUACGAUGGUUCAUCUACGAAUGGUUUAAGGCUUCAUUCUGGAAAUGGUUUCACGGGAACACAAGCACCUAAACUUACUUUGACUGCUUCAUCGGGGGAAAUGUUAAUUAAAUUUGUUUCUGACGCAUUACAUAAUAGCGUAGGGUGGUCUGCAACCUUCUCGGCUGACUGUCCAAAUCUUAAGCCAGGAAUGGGCGCACUUGCUUCAAGUAGAGAUACGGCAUUUGGUACAAUUAUUGUAUUUACUUGUCCGAUAGGGCAAGAAUUUGCAACUGGAAAAAAUAAAAUCAUCACUGAAUGUCAGAAAGGUGGAAAAUGGAGUGUUGACUAUAUACCUAAAUGUCAAGAGGUUUAUUGCGGUCCAGUACCACAAAUAGAUAAUGGCUUCUCUAUUGGAUCCACGAAUGUUACAUAUCGUGGUGUUGCAAUGUAUCAAUGUUAUGCUGGGUUCGCUUUUCCAUCAAGUUCCCCAAUUGAAAAAAUUUCAUGUCAACCAGAUGGACGCUGGGAAAGGAAACCAUCUUGUUUAGCGUCUCAAUGUCCCCCUCUUCCUGAAGUUUCACAUGCUAACAUUACACUAUUAAAUGGACUUGGUCGAAGUUAUGGGACAAUAGUAGAAUUUGAUUGUAACCCUGGUUUUGAACGUAUCGGUUACCCUGUUUUAAUAUGUAUGUCGAAUGGAACAUGGAGUGGAGAUGUACCAAAAUGUGUACGGAAAAGAUGCUUUAAAUAUCCUGAAAUAGAUAACGGAUUUAUUGUUGACUCAGCUCGUCAAUAUUUCUUUGGAGAUGAAGCACGUGUUCAAUGUUAUAAGGGUUACAAACUAACAGGAAGUAACAUUAUCAAAUGUAGCUCUGAACAAAAUUUUGAAAAUCCACCCAGAUGUGAGGAUAUAAAUGAAUGUAGUUCAACUCAAUGUGAUUUGGCUUCAACUGAAUGCAUGAAUACGCCAGGAUCUUUCUUCUGUCAAUGUAAAAAAGGAUUCGCUCCAACUACUGAAUGUCGUCCUGUUGGCGAUUUAGGUUUAGCGAAUGGAGGCAUUCCAGAUGAUAGUAUAAUGACCUCGUUAAGUGAAGAGGGUUAUACUAGCGGAAUGUCAAGACUUAAUUCAGCAGGGUGGUGUGGAAGUUCAGUUGAACCUGGUGCCAAUUGGGUAAUGGUAGAUUUUAAAGCACCCACAAUUUUAAGAGGAUUCCGAACAAUGUCUGUUCAACGUUUUGAUGGAAAUAUUGCAUUUACAUCUGCAGUAAGAUUACAAUUCACAAACAACUUAACAGAUGUGUAUAAAGAUUACGCAAACCCUGACGGAACCGCUGUUGAAUUCAGAAUUCUUGAACCAACUCUGUCUAUAUUAAACCUCCCAAUUCCAAUUGAAGCAAGGUAUAUCAAAUUUAGAAUUCAAGACUAUAUUGGAGCACCAUGUAUUCGCUUUGAAGCCAUGGGAUGUACUCGACUUGAUUGUGUUGACAUAAAUGAAUGUGCUAAGCAAAAUGGUGGCUGCGACCAGAAAUGUGUAAAUUCACCAGGAAGUUACGGUUGUUCCUGUAACACUGGUUUUCAAUUGUUUACGGCAAAUGGAACCGCAGGCUUCAAUAUUGAGAAGUCAGAAACUGGAGGUCAUGAGGCUGAUACUUUAAGGUUAAAUAAAUCUUGUGUGCCCGUAAUGUGUCCAGCUCUAACUGCUCCAGAAAACGGAAAGUUUUUAACAAAUAAAGCUCAACAUCAUUUCGGAGAAGUUGUACACUUCCACUGUGACUUCGGAUAUGUUUUAUCUGGAAGUGCUUCCUUGCUGUGCCUUUCAAGUGGUCAAUGGAAUGGAACAGUUCCUGAAUGCCAUUAUGCAAAAUGUGUUUCUCUUGUUGAUGAAAAGAAUGAAGGUUUGAUGGUAGUCAGACCAGACCCAGAUAGUGUAUUGGUACCAUUCAGAGAUAAUGUUACUUUAACAUGCAAUAAUCCAGGAAGGUACUUACGCGGAACCGCAUCAUCUGGCUUUAGGCAGUGUGUAUAUGAUCCAAAACCAGGUUUACCGGACUAUUGGUUAUCGGGUUUAAAACCAUCAUGUCCCCGCGUUGACUGUCAUUUACCAAUGCCAACACCAGGAGCUGAAUACGGCCAAUAUGUUGACACGCGGUACCAGAGCUCAUUUUUCUUUGGUUGUCAAAACACUUUCAAGUUAGCUGGACAAACAUCAAAGCACGAUAACGUUGUACGCUGUCAAGGUAACGGAAUAUGGGAUUUCGGUGAUCUACGUUGCGAAGGCCCUGUUUGUGAAGAUCCUGGACGUCCAAGUGAUGGUAUUCAAAUUUCGAGGAGUUAUGAGCAGGGUUCCGAAGUUUACUUUGGUUGUCAACGCCCUGGCUAUAUUUUGAUUAACCCUCGACCAAUUACCUGUAUAAGAGAACCAGAGUGUAAGGUUAUUAAACCUUUAGGCUUAACAUCUGGAAAAAUCCCUGACUCGGCAAUCAAUGCUACAUCUGAAAGACCAAAUUAUGAAGCCAAAAAUAUUCGAUUAAAUUCUGUAACAGGCUGGUGUGGAAAACAAGAAGCUUUUACUUAUGUUAGUGUUGAUUUAGGUCAAGUAUAUCGGGUUAAAGCCAUUUUGGUGAAAGGUGUUGUAACAAACGAUAUAGUCGGACGCCCCACCGAAAUUCGAUUUUUCUAUAAACAAGCUGAAAACGAAAAUUAUGUUGUUUAUUUCCCUAAUUUCAAUUUAACAAUGAGAGAUCCUGGAAACUACGGCGAAUUAGCGAUGAUAACUUUGCCAAAAUAUGUCCAAGCAAGAUUUGUCAUAUUGGGAAUUGUUAGUUACAUGGACAAUGCUUGUCUGAAAUUUGAAUUAAUGGGCUGCGAAGAGCCAAAGAAUGAACCACUUUUGGGUUAUGAUUAUGGGUAUUCACCUUGUGUUGAUAAUGAACCACCAGUGUUCCAAAAUUGUCCUCAACAGCCAAUUGUAGUAAAACGCGAUGAAAAUGGAGCUGUAAUGCCUGUUAAUUUCACUGAACCGACCGCUAUCGACAAUUCAGGAUCCAUUGCUCGUUUAGAAGUUAAACCACAAAACUUUAAGACUCCGUCGUAUAUUUUCAAAAAUACAGUUGUUAAAUAUGUUGCUUUUGAUUAUGAUGGAAAUGUUGCUAUUUGUGAAAUAAAUAUUACUGUACCUGAUGUCACCCCUCCACUGCUAAGUUGUCCUCAAAGCUAUGUAAUCGAACUAGUGGAUAAACAAGAUAGCUAUAGUGUGAAUUUUAAUGAAUCACGAAAGCGAGUUAAGGCAUCUGAUGAAUCUGGUGAUGUUAAGCUCACAUUUGUUCCUGAUAAAGCAAUUAUACCAAUUGGUGGUUUCGAAAACGUAACCGUUGUUGCAACUGACAAACACAACAACAAAGCUAUGUGUCAUUUCCAAGUAUCAGUUCAAGCAACACCAUGUGUUGAUUGGGAAUUGCAGCCUCCUGCCAACGGAGCUAUAAAUUGUUUGCCAGGUGACCGUGGUGUAGAAUGUAUAGCAACUUGCAAACCAGGAUUCAGAUUUACAGAUGGAGACCCAAUUAAGCAAUUUUCAUGUGAGACAUCUAGACUUUGGAGGCCAACAUCAGUAGUUCCAGAUUGCGUUUCAGAAAAUACUCAACAAGCAGAUUAUCAAGUAACAGCUACUGUAAUUUAUAGAGCAAAUGGCGCCGUAGCUCAAGCUUGUCUAAGUCAAUACCAAGAUUUGCUUGCACAAUAUUAUGGAGGUCUUAAUAAUAUUUUGUCGCAACGUUGCUCCGCUGUGAACGUAAACAUGAAUGUAUCAUUUAUAAGAUCUGUUCCUACUUUAUUGGAAGAAAAUGUAGUUAAAAUGGACUUCAUUAUGUCUGUGUUACCAGCAAUCCGACAACCUCAACUGUAUGAUCUCUGCGGGUCUACAUUAAACUUAAUUUUCGAUCUCAGUGUACCUUAUGCGAGCGCAGUAAUUGAAAACUUGUUAAAUAUUUCCAAUAUUGGUAACCAAUGCCCACCGUUACGCGCUCUAAAAAGUUCAAUUGGCCGUGGUUUCACAUGUUCUGUUGGUGAAGUUCUAAAUAUGGAUACGAAUGACGUACCAAGAUGUUUACAUUGUCCAGCUGGCACUUAUGCUGGAUCUGGUCAAAGUAUUUGCACAUAUUGUCCAAGGGGAUUUUUCCAAAAUCGAGAACGGCAAGGAUCAUGUAUGAGAUGUCCAACUGGUACAUACACAAGAGAAGAGGGAUCGAAAUCGAUCUUAGAUUGUAUUCCUGUUUGUGGAUAUGGAACUUAUUCGCCAACUGGUCUUGUGCCUUGUUUGGAGUGUCCACGAAAUUCAUUUACAUCUCACCCACCAACAGAUGGUUAUAAAGAUUGCCAAGCAUGUCCAAGUAACACAUUCACUUUCCAACCAGCAGCACCUGGAAAAGCUUACUGUCGGCAAAAAUGUGCUGCAGGUCAGUAUUCAUCUACUGGACUCGCACCAUGCUCACCAUGCCCACAAAACUAUUAUCAGAGUAUUGUUGGAUCCCAAACUUGCAACGAGUGCCCUUCAAAUAUGAAAACUGAUGGACCUGGAGCCGUUGGUCGAGAAGAGUGUAAACCAGUUGUAUGUGGGGAAAACGCUUGUCAACAUGGCGGUUUAUGUGUUCCAAUGGGUCACGGUAUUCAAUGUUUCUGCCCCGCAGGUUUUUCAGGAAGACGUUGUGAGAUUGACAUAGAUGAAUGUGCAUCACAACCAUGCUAUAAUGGUGGCACGUGUACAGAUUUACCUCAAGGUUACAGAUGCGAAUGCCCAUUAGGUUACUCUGGAAUAAAUUGUCAGGAGGAGAAGAGUGAUUGCAGAAACGAUACAUGUCCAGCUAGAGCAAUGUGCAAAAAUGAACCUGGAUACAAUAAUCAUACGUGUCUUUGUAGAAGUGGGUACACUGGUGUAGAUUGUGAUAUAACUAUUGAUCCUUGUGAAGCCAAUGGCAAUCCAUGCAACAAUGGAGCUUCUUGUAUAGCUUUACAACAAGGAAGAUACAAAUGUGAUUGUUUACCAGGUUGGGAAGGUAUUCAUUGCGAGAAAAAUAUAAAUGAUUGUGAAGAAAAUCCAUGUCUAUUGGGUGCUAAUUGUACUGAUCUCGUGAACGACUUCGCUUGUAGCUGUCCACCUGGUUUCACGGGUAAACGUUGCCACGAAAAAAUAGAUUUAUGCCUAGCCGAACCAUGUAAACAUGGAAUUUGUGUGGACAGAUUAUUUGAUCAUGAAUGUGUGUGUCAUCCAGGUUGGAGUGGAUCUUCUUGCGAUAUUAAUAUCGAUGAUUGCGCAAAUGAUCCUUGCAGAAAUGAAGGAACUUGUGUUGAUUUAGUGGAUGGUUAUACUUGCAUGUGUGAGCCUGGAUUUACUGGCAAAAAUUGUCAAAAUCCUAUCGAUGAUUGUGAGUCUAACCCUUGUCAAAACGGUGCUACCUGUCAAGAUCAAUUAGAUGGUUUCGUCUGCAAAUGCCGUCCUGGUUUUGUAGGUUUGCAAUGUGAAGCUGAAAUAGAUGAAUGUUUAAGUGAUCCUUGUAAUCCUGUUGGUACAGAAAGGUGUUUGGACUUGGACAAUAAAUUUGAAUGUGUAUGCCGUGACGGUUUUACUGGAUCUCUAUGUGAAACAGAUAUAGACGACUGCGAAACUUUCCCAUGUAUGAAUAAUGGCAAAUGUCGGGACAGAAUUGGUGGUUAUGAGUGUAUUUGUCCCGAAGGCUGGACUGGAGAAAGAUGUGAGGAUCAAAUAAAGACAUGUCCAUUGCAGAAACCUUGCCAAAAUGAUGCAAAAUGUAUUGACCUCUUCGAAGAUUACUUCUGCGUGUGCCCAAGUGGUACAGAUGGUAAAAAUUGUGAAACAGCUCCUGAAAGAUGUAUAGGCAAUCCUUGUAUGCAUGGUGGAAAAUGUCAAGAUUUUGGUUCUGGAUUAAAUUGCUCUUGCCCGGAAGAUUAUACAGGCAUAGGAUGUCAAUAUGAAUUUGAUGCAUGUGAUGCUGGAGUAUGUCAAAAUGGAGCUGCUUGUAUUGAUAACGGCACUGGAUAUACUUGUAUUUGUCCAGAAGGGUAUACUGGCAAAAAUUGUGAAUUGGAUAUUAUUGACUGUAAAGACAAUUCGUGUCCUUUAGGCGCUCAAUGUAUUGAUUUAACAAACGGAUUCUAUUGCCAAUGCCCAUUCAAUUUCACUGGAGAUGAUUGCAGAAAAACAAUGCAAGUGGAUUAUGAUUUAUACUUUAGCGAUCCUACUAGAUCGACUGCAGCUCAAGUUGUUCCUUUCUUAACUGGGGAAAGCGGAAGUUUAACAAUAGCUAUGUGGGUGCAAUUCGCUCAAAAAGAUGAUUCUGGAAUAUUUUUCACACUAUACGGUGUUGAUUCGCCACAUGUAGCUAAUAAUAGAAGAUUACUGUUGCAAGCUCAUUCAAGCGGCGUGCAAGUUUCUUUGUUCCCAGACAUUCAAGAUGCUUUCUUGUCAUUUAGAGAAUAUACAACAGUGAAUGAUGGUCAAUGGCAUCAUAUUGCUAUUUUAUGGGAUGGUAUGACAGGACAAUUGCAACUCAUCACUGAAGGUUUGAUCGCUAGCAAGACGGAAUAUGGUGGAGGAAGAAAUCUUCCUAAAUAUGCCUGGGCAGUUUUAGGAAGACCACAACCAGAAGAAUCCACUGCAAGUGCAACUUACGCUGAAGCUGGCUUCCAAGGAAAAAUUACUAAAGCUCAAAUUUGGGGAAGAGCACUUGAUGUAACUUCAGAAAUACAAAAGCAAGUAAGAGAUUGCCGAAGCGAACCAGUUCUAUAUCGUGGAUUAACUCUUAAUUGGGCUGGAUAUGAAAUUACGUCUGGAGGUGUAGAACGUUCGGUACCUUCAAUGUGCGGUCAGAGAAGAUGUCCUUCUGGAUAUACUGGUCCUAAUUGUCAGGAAUUAGAAGUAGACAAGGAAGCACCAAGAGUUGAACAUUGCCCAGGUGACUUGUGGGUAAUUGCAAAGAAUGGUUCUGCUGUUGUUUCAUGGGACGAGCCACAUUUCAGUGAUAAUAUAGGUAUUGUCAAAAUAAUAGAACGCAAUGGGCAUCGUCCUGGUCAAACCUUAAUGUGGGGAUCGUAUGAAAUAACUUAUGUUGCAUUUGAUGCAGCUGGCAAUAGCGCAACAUGCAGUUUCAAAGUUUCGCUGCUUUCUGAUUUCUGCCCGCAGCCAUCCGAUCCAGUUGGAGGUUCUCAAGUAUGUAAGGACUGGGGUGCUGGUGGACAAUUUAAGGUUUGUGAAAUUGCAUGUCAACCUGGUCUAAGAUUCUCAGAACCAGUUCCUGAAUUUUAUACUUGUGGUGCUGAAGGCUUUUGGAGACCAACUCUUGAACCGGCAAUGUCAUUAGUAUAUCCAGCGUGCUCGCCAUCGAAACCGGCCCAAAGAGUAUUUAGAAUAAAAAUGCUCUUCCCAUCAGAUGUACUAUGUAACAGAGCUGGUCAAGGUGUUCUUAGACAAAAAGUUACUAAUGCUGUCAAUUCACUGAAUAGAGAUUGGAACUUCUGUUCGUAUUCAGUAGAAGGAUCAAGAGAAUGCAAAGAUCUUCAAAUCGAUGUUAAAUGCGACCAUUAUAAAGGUGGAUUAGCUAACCGGGUUCGAAGACAAUCCGAUGAUGAUGGCGGUACCUAUGUUUUGGACGCUCUUGUUCCAGUAGAAAAAAAUCUUGAUACUGAUGAAGAUGCCAGAGGUCGUCAAGGUAGACAACAAGGUGGAGAUACUUAUACAUUGGAGAUUGCUUUCCCAGCAGUCAAUGAUCCUGUAUUACAUUCAUCAACUGGAGAACGUUCUGAUGUUAAAUCACUAUUACAAAAAUUAAUUUUAGAAGAAGAUCAAUUCGCUGUCGAAGAUAUUUUACCAAAUACUGUACCUGAUCCAUCCUCACUUAUUCUGACAUCAGAAUAUGCUUGCCCAGCUGGUCAAGUUGUUAUGGUACCAGAUUGUGUUCCAUGUUCAAUCGGUACAUAUUAUGAUUCUAGUAACAAGACAUGUUCACCAUGCCCUCGUGGAACAUAUCAACCACAACCUGGUCAAUUACAAUGUAUUAAAUGUUCAAAAAUAUCUGGAAGAGUUGGUGUUACAGCAGCACCAGGUGCAAGACAAAUUGAAGAAUGUAAAGAACGUUGUGUUCCUGGUAAAUUCUUUGAUCUUGAUAGCGGUGAAUGUAAACCAUGUGGACAUGGUUUCUAUCAACCAAAUGAAGGUUCAUUUAGCUGUGAAAUUUGUGGUUUAGGACAAACAACAAGAUCAAUAGAAGCUACAUCACAACAAGAAUGUAGAGAUGAAUGUACAUCAGGUAUGCAACUUGGAUCCGAUGGUAAAUGUGAACCAUGCCCUAGAGGUACGUACAGAUUACAAGGCGUUCAACCAGCUUGUCAAGCAUGUCCUUUGGGUCGAACAACACCAAAAGUUGGUGCAUCUACAAUUGAUGAAUGCACUUUACCAGUUUGUACACCUGGUUCAUAUUUGAAUGGUACAAUUAAUCAAUGUAUUGAAUGUCGCAAAGGCUAUUAUCAAUCGGAAUCUCAACAAACAAGUUGUAUUGCAUGUCCACCAAAUCAUAGUACAAAGAAUACUGGAGCGACAAGUAAACAAGAAUGUACGAAUCCAUGCGAACAUAUUGCCGAAGGCCAACAACAUUGUGAUCCAAAUGCAUAUUGUAUUCUUGUACCAGAAACAUCAGAUUUUAAAUGUGAAUGUAAACCUGGAUUUAAUGGUACUGGUAUGGAUUGUAUUGAUGUAUGCGAUGGUUAUUGCGAAAAUUCUGGAACAUGUGUUAAAGAUAUUAAAGGAGUACCAUCAUGUAGAUGUAUCGGUUCAUUUACUGGACCACAUUGCGCUGAAAGAUCUGAAUUUGCAUAUAUUGCUGGUGGAAUUGCUGGAGCCGUUAUAUUUAUUAUUGUAAUUGUUUUAUUAAUAUGGAUGAUUUGUGUUAGAUCAUCAAAAAGAAAAGAUCCAAAAAAAAUGUUAACACCAGCUAUUGAUCAAACUGGAUCACAAGUUAAUUUCUAUUAUGGAGCACAUACACCAUAUGCAGAAUCUAUAGCACCAUCACAUCACAGUACAUAUGCACAUUAUUAUGAUGAUGAAGAAGACGGUUGGGAAAUGCCAAAUUUUUAUAAUGACGCAUAUAUGAAAGAUGGAGGAAUUCAUAGUGCAAAAAUGAGUACAUUAGCGAGGUCGAAUGCUUCGCUUUAUGGAACUAAAGAAGACUUAUAUGAUCGACUGAAACGACACGCUUAUACUGGAAAGAAAGGUGAGUUAUAGAAAAAAGUGACAGUGAUAGUGAAGUUCAAUAAAUUUUGUAAAAAUUAAAAAAAAAAAACAGGAUAAUCAAAUAAAUAAUAUUAUAUAAUUAUUAUUAUUUUGAAGAAAAGAAAAAAAUUUAAAUAAAAAUGUAAAUUUUUUUUUUAUAUAAUUCACAAUAAACGAGUAUUCAUUUUUAUAUUAAAUAAAAUUUGAAGAAGAAAAAUAGCAAUUAAAUAAAUUAAAAUGAAAAAUUGUUAAAAAUAUAAAAAUGAAUAUUAACUUUGUAAUUCAUUCAAAGCAUUCAAAAUGUCUGGUCAUUAAAAACAUUGUUAUUUUAAAAAAUAAAACUUUCUAUAUAAAAUCUUUCUAUUUUUCUUUCAUAUUUUUAUUUUCUUUUGUAAAAUUCAUAAUAAUUUUUUCAUACAAUUUUUGUUUUUAUAUUUUAUUUUUUUAAAUUAUUAUAAAACAACUUUGAACUAAAAUGAAUUUUAACUAAAAAAACUGCCUUUUUUUUGAUAUUAUAUACAUGUAUAUAUUUAUAUAUACUCUUAAAUACUUUUGUAUGCAUAUUAUAUAAUAUUAUUACUCUAUUAUAUUAUUCAUUAUAAUUUUUUUAAUUUAAUUAUCUUUAAUUUUAAAUACUCAAAACAAAAAAUAUUAAAGAAAAUUUUGAUAUAUUAAAACAUAUUAUUAUAGUUGAAACAUUGUAGAGCAUCAGAUUUAAUAAUUAAUUUAAAAAUUUAAAAAGAACAUAUGAAAAUACAUAAAAAAAAAUCAAAUACAUUAUAGAUAAAUUCAAUUAUAAUUAUAAAUAAAUGUUGUAAUUACCAAAGUUGGUUUAGAAGAUGUUUUAAGAAAAAUAGGAGUUUUUUUUUUAAUUUUUUAUUAAAUUAAAAUUUUGUUGUUAAGUAAAUUUUAUUGAUAAAAUUCCAUUUACUUUUAAGUUGUAAAAACAAAUUCAUUAGCGAAAAGCAGGUCCGUAUUGCACUUACCACUGCUUACUUUUUUUUGCAAUCAAUAAUUCAAAAAAUUUGCAAAGCUUCUGUUGCACAAAGAGUCCGAGCACUAAUGAAAUGACUUUUUAAAAAAAAAAAUUAGGAAGUAAGACUGGUUGGUGCAAUACGGCCCAGGUCACAUUGUAAAAACUAAUUGGUUUUAAGAAAACAUUGUAACAUUUAAAAAAUAUAAAAAAAAGUAUCAAAUCGUCUAAUUCAAAAUUUUUUCAAAAAAUUCUUAAAAUAGAUAGUCUAUUAAAAAUUAUAUUAUUGACUUAAAAUAAUGCAAAAAUUUUCAAAAUUAUUUGAAAUUUUUCAAAUUGGAACAUUAAAAAAAAAAACGUAUUAAACAAAAAAAAACUCUUAUUUUUCAAAUGAAAAAAGAAAAAUUUAAAAAAAAAAAAUUAAUAAUUUAUAAAAAUUGUUUUUUUUUUUUUAUAUACAUUGCUAUUAAUGUACAUUUUUUCAAAAAUAUAUAUGUAUAUAAAUAUACAUAAAUAUUAUUAUUUACACAUACUAUACAAUUCACGCAUUAAAUAAAUUAUUUAUUUUAAUUUAAUUAUAUAAUAAAAUUUUAUAUAAUUAUUUUAAAAUAAGAUAAACA